UGUAUGGUCACUGGGACUGUUGUCUACCGCAGAACCUUUUCAUAUUAUUAAGCUUUAUUUUAAGGUGUGUGGGGUACCCCUGGAGCAAAUCCUUUGAUUCUGUGGGCAGGAGAUGUCUUGGAAGCCACUGUCUGAAGGUUCCUGAGCUUUCUGCUCCGUAUUAGGGAAGGGAGCAGGUACUGAGCUUAGAUUUGAGGAGCCAUGUCCCCUGGGUCUGCUUGUUAAGCCUUAGGAGGAAGGAGUGUUUAGAAGAACACCUUUUCUGACAAGGCAAGGUGGCUGGGGACAUCUUGAUCCUUGGGAUUCUGAAGACCCGCAUCCUCUCAUUUGGUGGCUGCUUGGGCUCAGCAAGAGGCCUCUGCUAGAGUAAUCAGACUGUGCUCUGUCCACCGCACCUCCUGCAUGUCCUGCUGCCCUGAGCUGUCCCAAGCCAGGUGACAGCGUGUUACGCUGCCACCAUGAAUGAGGUGUCUGUCAUCAAAGAAGGCUGGCUCCACAAGCGUGGUGAAUACAUCAAGACCUGGAGGCCCCGGUACUUCCUGCUGAAGAGUGACGGCUCCUUCAUUGGAUACAAGGAGCGGCCUGAUGCCCCAGACCAGACCCUGCCCCCGCUAAACAACUUCUCUGUCGCAGAGUGCCAGCUGAUGAAGACUGAGAGACCACGGCCCAACACCUUCGUCAUACGCUGCCUACAGUGGACCACUGUCAUCGAGAGGACCUUCCACGUAGACUCUCCAGACGAGAGGGAGGAGUGGAUGCGGGCCAUUCAGAUGGUUGCCAACAGCCUUAAGCAGCGGGGCCCAGGUGAGGACCCCAUGGACUAUAAGUGUGGCUCCCCCAGUGACCCUUCUGCGGCCGAGGAGAUGGAAGUGGCAGUUAGCAAGGCUCGGGCCAAGGUGACCAUGAAUGACUUCGACUAUCUCAAACUUCUGGGCAAGGGCACCUUUGGCAAAGUGAUUCUAGUGCGGGAGAAAGCCAGCGGCCGCUACUACGCCAUGAAGAUCCUGCGGAAGGAAGUUAUCAUUGCCAAGGAUGAAGUUGCCCACACGGUCACCGAGAGCCGGGUCCUUCAGAACACCAGGCACCCAUUCCUCACUGCACUGAAGUAUGCCUUCCAGACCCACGACCGCCUGUGCUUCGUGAUGGAAUACGCCAACGGUGGUGAGGUGAGCGUGGCCCGCGUCAGUGUUCCCACGUCUCCUUCCCAGCUGUUUUUCCACCUGUCCCGGGAACGAGUCUUCACGGAGGAGCGAGCCCGCUUCUAUGGUGCAGAGAUCGUCUCUGCCCUUGAGUAUUUGCAUUCGCGGGACGUGGUGUACCGCGACAUCAAGCUGGAAAACCUCAUGCUGGACAAAGAUGGCCACAUCAAGAUCACUGACUUCGGACUGUGCAAAGAGGGCAUCAGUGACGGGGCUACCAUGAAAACCUUCUGUGGGACGCCCGAGUACCUGGCACCCGAGGUGCUGGAGGACAACGACUACGGCCGCGCGGUGGACUGGUGGGGGCUGGGCGUGGUCAUGUACGAGAUGAUGUGCGGCCGCCUGCCCUUCUACAACCAGGACCACGAGCGCCUCUUCGAGCUCAUCCUCAUGGAGGAGAUCCGUUUCCCACGCACACUGAGCCCUGAGGCCAAGUCCCUGCUUGCUGGGCUGCUUAAGAAGGACCCCAAGCAGAGGCUCGGCGGGGGGCCCAGCGAUGCCAGGGAGGUCAUGGAGCACAGGUUCUUCCUCAGCGUCAACUGGCAGGACGUGGUGCAGAAGAAGCUCCUGCCACCCUUCAAACCUCAGGUCACCUCUGAGGUUGACACAAGGUACUUUGACGACGAGUUCACCGCCCAGUCCAUUACAAUCACGCCCCCGGACCGCUUUUCUUCUUCAGCCCUCUGCCAAACUCACCUCAGCGGUCCCAGCGGCCCUGCCUCCAGGAUCCUGUCCUGUCCUCACCUCUGUGCUCAGACCAGGCUUUGGGAGACUCUCCGCUGGAGGGAUUCCGGUUUUUAAUCAACACGAGCCCCAGGGAGGGGCGAAGCGUGGGGCUGUGGGUCCUGCCUGAAUUUCUGGCCAGACGCCUGCAGGCAGUCUGCCUCUGUCAGAGGUCGCCUUCUCGUGGGACACCUCAGGGGACACCUUGUGGGACAUGAUGCCCCGCGGACAGUGCCCCGGUGCUGCCUUCCGUGCCCUGCUGUUAGGCUCAGAGCGGCCUGGCUCGGGCAGCCCAGCCCCUCAUCCCACAGGGGCAGAAAAGCAAUAAUGUCUAGGGACAGGCUGGGGCCUUUGGAAGGUGCGGGAUUGGGGGUCCAGGGCUCCCUCGUGUGGUUGGGGGAUGGGCACUGCCUCCUUGCCCCGCCUUCCCCAGCCUCCCAAGCUGCUCUCCUGACCCUGUGGAUGAGGCAGGAGGAACAUUUGGGGACUGGCCUCCCCGCCACCCAGUCCUGUGCCUUACCAGGGCUUCCUUCCAGCUGGCCUUAACUCCCGCUGCACCCCGGGCCCAGCCCCAGCUCUUUCCAAGGAUGGGGGCUGGGAUCACCCCCUUCUUUCCGCCUGGGGCGGAGGGGUGCCAGCCCCGGCUGUUACACAUCUCGCACCAAGACAGUAUUGGGCCCCAUGGACUGGGGUCGAAGAGGGGGUGGGGUGGGGGGGGGUCUCUGGUACGUACUGGGGUGGGGGCCUCUGAGAAGGGGAGGCUCCCGGGCCCCUUUCUACCCCCCGCCUCUGGGCCCCACGUUCUGCAGCCUUAAGGUGAACAUGUGUCAGUGCUGUGGGCACAGGGGUACGUGCCUCAGACUGUGUGUGUUUGUGGAUGUCCCUCUGCAUCCCGGACGUGGAUGCACACGGGCGUGUGUGUGUGUGUGUGUGUGUGUGUGUGUGUGUGUGCGUGCAUGUGUGUUGGGUAUGUGUGCGUGAGGGCAAGCGUGUCUCGGCCUUGAGUGUGUGGUGUGUGUGGGCUUGGGCCCUGUCCCCGGGCCUGAGCAUUUCAUCCCCUGAGGGAGGGGUGCUGGCCCAGCAGGAGGACCACACCUGGGAUCCAUUUGCUGCCCGCUCUCCCUCCCAUCCCCCCACCACCACCCAACAUCUCUCGGUGUGUGGAAUUUAGUUGUGGUUUUGAUCUCCCUGCCCCACCUCCUGUACUAGGUAGUUCCGAGAGAGACAUCCUAGGGUGGGGUGAGGGUUGGUUUGGGUGGGUGGGGGUCUUUUUCCUUUCUGUGUGCGUAUGUCCUUUAUCUGACAAUUCUCUGUCCUCCCCACUGGCCUUCCCCCUUCCUCCCAUUUGUACGGUACAAGCAAUAAAGACACUCGUUUCAGACCGGGGCCCACCGCCCUGGGCCGUUACUUGCCUGCAGAGCCCGGCCCCACUGACCUGCCCCGAGGACCCGUCUGCCGUGCCGGGGCCUGGCCAUCUGGAGCUGUGUCCCCUCGGGCGGCAGGGCGCGGGCGGGUGGCUGGGCCUCCGCGUGGGUGCCGCUGCGGGUGGGAGCCGCUGAGGACUUUGGGAAGCUGCCCGGGUCUGGGCUGUGACUCCGGCGGGCAGAGGCCAUUCCCGGUCUUCAGAAGCUGCCUGGGCUAAAAGUGGGGGGGGGGGGGGGGGGUUGGCUGGCUCUGAAAGGGGAGGGCGUGCGAGGCGCCCCUGAGCCCCGGGAGUGCAGGUGUGGCAGUGGACGCCCUUCACGUGACCCUGGAGUCCCAGGGCCGGGCAUCGCAUGCAGUCCCCUUCUCCCCAUUUAUGCCAAACCAGGGAGCCUCGAGGCCCCCCGAUUCCAACACAGAAUCCUUGGCGUAUGCAUGGGAGUCGAGAUGGAUGCCUCUGGUUUGGUCACAGCCCUCCCCCAGCUCUGGGACCCUCUGAGAGCUUGUCCCCUUUACCUGUGGUUCCCGAGUUUGAACCGCCCUUCCCGCACCUUGGGACCAGGGCUGCCCUGGCACAGAUGAAUUUGGUGUCCGAUUUCGCCAGGCGUUAGGGCUGCUUCGCACGCGUGGAGUCCUUGAGAUCUUGAGUGAGGGCAGCAGAGAAAAGUCAGGGCCAGUUUAGACUCGGGAAGGCGUGGCCGUUUCUUACUUCACGUGGACUUUAUUAUUUAUUUAAUUACAAAAGCACGUGCUGGUGGUCAUAAGACCAGCAGCAGUAGAAGCUUCUAAAGGAGAGCCUUCUACUUUUCCCUCCAGUCAAGGCCCCGGAGGCAGCCGGUGCCAGUUCCUUCUCUCGUCAUCUCCCCGCCCCACUCCAAGGAAAUCCUGAGCCUACCUCAGUCCGAUAGAUCGCCUCGCAGUCCCUGGUCCCUGGUCCCCGGCUCUGGGCCCACAGGCUCGCGAACACUUCCCUCGGGCGAACAUAGAUUCCCCAGAUGUAGUGGUGCUUCCUUCUGUAGAACUUUUUCCCAAAGGGAGUUUCAGGUGGAAGAGUUUUAAUAAAAUUUUACCAAUUGGAAAAUUUUAA